CUUUCAUAGGGUGACUGGAGAUGCAAACAAAAAUAGGUCGUUUGUUUCCUGAUGGCCUUUAGUACACACUGAUACUGCUUGUGAUGGCAUCAGAGACUGAGAAGACGCAUGCUUUACUCCAGUCAUGUAGCACUGAAUCGCUUAUUUCCAGCCUUGGUCUAGGGAUAUUUUGCCUAAUAGCUGACAGACUUCUUCAGUUUUCCACAGUUCAGCAAAAUGAUUGGCUCCGUGCCCUUUCAGAUAACGCAGUACACUGUGUGAUUGGCAUGUGGUCAUGGGCCAUAGUCACCGGAGUCAAGAAGAAGACUAACAUAGGAGAAAUCAUUUUAGCUGGAUUUCUAGCCUCUGUUAUUGAUAUUGAUCACUUUUUUCUAGCAGGAUCCUUAUCUUUAAAGGCUGCUUUGACUCUGCCACGGAGACCUUUCCUUCAUUGCUCUACCUUGAUACCCAUUGUGGUUCUGACCCUGAAGUUCGCUAUGCACCUUAUCAAGCUCAAAGACUCUUGGUGCUUUCUGCCCUGGAUGCUAUUUAUUUCAUGGACUUCACACCACAUUCGAGAUGGAAUCCGUCAUGGCUUGUGGAUAUGCCCAUUUGGAAAAACUUCUCCUUUACCAUUCUGGCUUUAUGUAGUAAUCACAUCAUCUUUACCCCACAUCUGUUCAUUUGUUAUGUAUUUAACAGGAACCAGACAAAUGAUGUCUUCAAAAAAUGGAAUCCAUAUUGAUGUCUGA